AUGUCGUCGCUCGACCGGCUGGUGGACCUCCACCGGAAGCUGUUGCAGGUUGAGCAUGCUGCUGAGACGGAGGAGUUGGAGAGCGCGCUGAAGACGCUGUCUCUGACAGAGUUGGAAGCCCAGGGCGUGGUGCUUCCUCGUCUUGUCAUUCACCAAGUUCGCAGCGGGCUGUACUCUCGUACCCUCGUGGACUUCUGCACGAAGCGAGCUGCACAGGUCUUCCAAGAGCGACAAAAGAAGCAGAGCGAACCAUCUGAAGAGGCCGCAGCUGCGGCCGCCCUGCUCCCGCCCCAGCACCGGUUCACACCCGGAGACAUUGUCGGCGUCUUCGAAGGACCGUAUGCGCAGCAGACUGCCGGCAGUGCAGGCGCGCUUGCCUCAGGUGUCGUUCACAAAGUGCAUGUGCAGGUCCUCUCGGUCGCCUUCGAAAGCGAUGAGUGGCUAGGCAGACCGGAGAGGGCGGACGGCGCCGCUCCGGGCGGGAAGGGGAGACAUGAGGAUGAGAGCCGUGGAACCUUCCACCUCGCCCUCAUCUCCAGCAGCGUGACGAUCGACAGACAGCUCAGAGCGCUCGAGCGCCUGAAGAACUACGCACCAAAUGGACCCGCCCAGACGCUCAUCAAUCUCUGUUUUGGCAAUCAACAGCCUCAGCCCCUGUCUCCCGGACCUCAUCUUGCAAAAGAAGCGACAGUGUCACGCGAAGCAGACCUCACAGUUGGAACCCACCGUGAAAUCUCCGAUAUCUCUGACUCCUCCUAUUGUCCUUCUUCUGUUUCAUCUUCGUCUUUUCUUGACUUGUCUGGCUGCGGUGUUUCGUGGUUCUCUCCCACUCUGACGGAGUCGCAGAAGCGUGCAGUCCUUCUGGGGCUUCGGUCGCGGGACUUGGCGCUGAUUCACGGACCCCCAGGGACGGGGAAGUCGACGGCGCUGCUCGAGCUGCUCCUCCAGCUCGCGAGCCGCGGCGCCCGCGUGCUUGCAUGCGCGCCGAGCAACGUUGCCGUCGACAACCUCCUGGAGCGCGUAGCUGCGUUCGCGAAUGUGAAUUCGAAUGCCUCCUUGGAAGCCUCGCGUCUGGCAGGGCGACUGCGGAGGUGCGUCCGCCUGGGACACCCGGCCCGUGUCGACGAGAACCUCUCCAGGUUCUGUCUCGAGAGUCAGGUCCAGCGCAGCGAAGGCGCCGCGCUCUCUCGAGAGAUCCGCCUCGAGCUCGACCGCAGUCUGGAGAUGCUCAGGGACCGGAAGAAGCUCGAGAGACACAUGCAGCGCAGGCAAAAGGAGACGCGGGGAUCCGGUCCGACAGGGCUCGGAGAAAGCUCCGCGCUUAGCAGCAGUACGCGGGCGAGCACGUGGAGCCAGGCGAAGCGGGAACUGCGCGAAGAAAUCCAAACUCUGAGGAGGGAGCUGCGCGCCUUCGAGCGAAGGGCCGUCGAGGAAGUGCUCGAGCAGAGUCCGAUCGUCUUCGCGACAUGCGUCGGCUCAGACAACGAGGCGCUAAAACAGUUCUUCGCACCCCCCGGGGACGCCAGCGGGAAACCCGGGCGCAGUGGAUUCGACGUCGUCGUCAUCGACGAAGCCGCACAGGCGCUGGAAGCAGUCUGCUGGAUUCCCCUGCUGUACGGCCACCGGGCGGUCCUGGCAGGGGACCACUGCCAGCUGCCGCCGACAAUCAAGAGUCGGAAAGCGGAGGAUGGCGGCCUGGGCGUGACGCUCUUCGAGCGGCAAAUGCAUGCGCAGCAUGGGCCUCGCAUUUCGCAACUCCUCGACACACAGUUUCGCAUGCACCGGAAAAUCAUGGGCUGGAGCAACGAGCAGUUCUACCAUGGGGCCCUUCGCGCAGCUGACUCCGUGGCUUCUCGGCUCCUCGAGGCCAAGUACCCGCGACUGAAAGACGAAACAGAGCACCGAGGAAAGCGAGGAGAAGCGGACCUGGGACAAAGAGCAGACUCGAGCCCAGGAAAGCGCGCCGAUGGCGAACUGGAGACAUUUGCGACGUGCGUCGCACCUCCGUUUCUGUGGAUUGACACGGCAGGCGUCUCCUGGCUCGAGGAAGACAACCAAGAGGAGGACCACAGUCUGCUGCGGCAGGCAUCGGCUUCCUCGACCGCGCUGCAACUGCAUGCGUCAAAAAGCAACCGGGGUGAGGCCGCCCUGGUCGUGAAGAGGCUGCAGGAUCUCGUGUGGAACUUCGGAGUGAAGCCCGAAGAUAUAUGCAUCAUCACGCCGUACAGACAGCAGGUGCAGCUGCUGCGGCAAUACCUGAGAGAGGCGGCCGAGGCGGCACCUGCGCUCGCGUUGGGGAAGAAGGAAGGCGAAGCGCGGGAGCGCGAGACCGACAGCCUGCGCGCCAGCUUCGCGCACAUCCCCGUCAACACUGUGGACGGGUUCCAGGGCAGAGAAGGCGAGGUUGUUGCCAUCUCUCUGGUCCGCAGCAAUAGAAAACAUGAAGUCGGAUUUCUCAAAGACGUUCGCAGACUCAACGUUGCCGUGACGCGCGCCAAGUGCCAUCUUCUCAUUGUCGGGGACUCCGAGACUAUCGCCGCUGCAGACAACGAGACAGAAGCAGAGAAUGCAGAGGUAGGAGACAGGGGAGGCAAGGAGCCUGGGGGAGGUCAGAAGACGGAGGGGGGAGAGGGAAGCGAGCAAGUGGGGGUGCGGUCGGCGAGAGAGAUCUUGCGGUCUUUGUUUCACUACGCGAGCGAGAAGGGUGAAGUUCGGAGCGCCCUGGAGUUCAUCGAUAUCUCGGAAGUCCCGGGGGCCAAAGAGAGAAAGCCGAAAAGCCAGGCGUUGGCGGCAGCGCAUGCGGCAAGGACACCGAGUGAAUUUCCGAAGGCGCUGGCAGGCUCUGGGCUGGAGAAAUCUGGCAAGGGUCUAAGCAAAGCGGCAGCGAAGAAAAAGAGGCAAGAGCGAAAGAAACUGCAGGGUGAAGGCGCGGGGGACGAGGCGGCUGGGAGCCGAGUGGAAGGCAAGGAAGGCCAACGCCGAUUCGGAGGCGACCGCGCAAGGGAGAAAGAAGAGACGGAUUCGCUGGAGAAGAAAUACCGAAAUAUCUUGGUGCAGUUUGUGAAGCAAGCCGACCAAGCGGCGCGUCAGUCUCGCUCGUCGCCCUCGUAUACCUUCCCGGCUUCGCUGACAGCCUACGAACGCAAAGUCGUGCACACACUUGCGACUGAGUUGGGACUUUCUCAUGUCUCUUUGGGGGAACGUGGAGAGAGGAAGAUCGUCGUGGGUCGCGAGCAUAAGGGCGAGGCGCGGGCAGCCUCGGCAGCGACAUACGACGAGGCCCUCGUGGGGUCAGCAACUGUGGAAGCUCCAGGAGGGAGUUCUGGGAGCAGCGAAAGCGACGCGGAAGCAGACGAGCGAAGAAACGCGGAGGGCAGAGUCGUCGAAGGAGAGAGAGAGGCGUGCGAUGAAGACACAGAAGUCAGCGAGGAAGAGAAGUCAGUGAAGCCGUAUUCUCCGAUACGGAAGAAGAAGCCGAAGAAGAAGGGAGAGAAGGAGGCGUUGGAGCCCGAGAAAAAAGGAGAGGAAGACGACUUCGACGCACUGAUAGACAGCCUGUCGAAGGAAGACUGGGCCUGCGGCUCUCCUCGGUGUCAAGCGUCGACGAAAGUGCUCGGCCGCGUAUGUCCGUUCUGUCGAAAACGCUUUUGCUUCUCUCACUCGAUGCCGGAGAUCCACGGCUGCGGAGAUGCGGCUUCGGCGCAUGCGCGGAAGAACUUCAGAGAGUCGGUGACGCGAGAGAGAAGACGAGACGAGGCAGAGAAACGAACUGGGGCUGAGAGUGGAAACUCGAUCUUCCUGGGAAAGUCGUACGCAGGUAAUUCCUGGGCCCAGACACAAUCUCAGAAGAAACUCCGCGACAAGAUUGAGCAGGAGAAAAAAAAACGACUGGCCAAGAAAAAGGGCGAGAGCGCGAAGAAGUGA